CUGAUAUUACAAAGCGUUUUCAUUUCAUUAUGUAUGUUUUAUAUGUUUAUUUCGGUUUCAUGUCUGUUUCGGCUACAAAUGUCUAAAAACGUCACAGGCUUUGCUUUUCCAUUUAAAAAAUGUUGGACAUCGCAUUGGCUAUCGAAAACAUCUGGAGCAUGCUAAAAUAUCAACCAUGCGUAACGAAUGAUUGUUUUGUAAAAUGAUAGAAAUAUUAUGACAUCGGCAGCUGUUUCUUAAUAAUCGUGACCGUUAGUUUUAUAUCUUAUUUUUAUGUGCGUCUGCAAUCUGCCCCAAAAUAUAAAUUUUUUUUUGUUUGUGUUUUGCAUUGAAAGACAGUGUUGUUUUAUAUUAUGAGAGAUUCAAGAAAUCGCGUGCUCAUUACAUAACUUUUGAAUAAAGCAAAAAUCAGAAGUUAUGGUAAAUUUAAAUUAUGGCUGUUGCUCCAAAUUCAAAUAUUUCAAGACGGAAUCCUCAAGAUGAUUACGAACUUGUGCAGCGAGUUGGAAGUGGAACUUACGGAGAUGUUUAUAAAGCCAGACGUGUUAAAGAUGGACUUUUUUCUGCUGUUAAGAUUAUUAAACUGGAACAAGGAGAUGAUUUUUCUAUUAUCCAGCAAGAAAUUUUGAUGAUGAAAUCAUGUAGACACCCUAAUAUUGUUGCAUACUUUGGUAGUUAUUUGAGGAGAGAUAAAUUAUGGAUUUGUAUGGAGUAUUGUGGUGGUGGUUCCUUGCAAGAUAUAUAUCAAAUUACUGGCCCUUUGACUGAGCUUCAAAUUGCAUAUGCAUGCAGAGAAACUCUAAAGGGUCUUGAGUAUCUUCAUUCCCUUGGUAUGAUGCACAGAGAUAUCAAAGGUGCUAAUAUACUUCUAUCUGAUGAAGGAGAUAUAAAGCUAGCUGAUUUUGGGGUUUCUGCACACAUAACAGCCACAUUAAGCAAAAGAAAAUCACUUAUUGGCACACCAUAUUGGAUGGCUCCUGAAGUUGCAGCAGUUGAAAGAAAGGGAGGGUAUAACCAGCAAUGUGAUAUAUGGGCAGUAGGAAUUACGUCAAUUGAGUUAGCAGAACUGCAACCACCUAUGUUUGAUCUUCAUCCCAUGAGAGCUUUGUUUUUGAUGUCUAAAUCUGGAUUCAAGCCACCUACGCUUUCAGAUAAAGUCAAGUGGUCUCCAGUUUUUCAUCACUUUGUUAAAGUUGCUUUAACGAAAAAUCCAAAGAAAAGACCCACAGCUGAAAGACUUCUUCAGCAUCCUUUCUUACAAGGAGAUUUAUCCAAACAACUAGCUAAAGAAUUGUUAAAUCGGGUUAAUAAUCCUCAUCUGACUGCUUACCCAGAGGAUUUUGAUGAUGAUGGGAUUUUGCCUGAUGUACCUCAACGUAUUGCUUCCAAACGUCCUGCUCGAGAUAAACAAAGAACACGAUCUGAGCUGCAUAUGGAGAGUGUUAACUUUGAGCCACCACUGAUGACGCCUCUUUCAACUUCAGCCCAUGAGAAUACUGAAGAAUCACCAGUUUCUCAUUCCUGGGGAAUUACUGAGGAAACUUCACAAAAUGAUGUUUAUGACUUACCAACUGCUUGGAUGGAACAAGAUAAUGAUGAAGUUAUUCACAAGAGUAAUUUAUUGUCUGUUGAAGAUAGAAAAAAUAUUCAACUCUCUCAACAGGCAACAUUACCUUUAAGCUCUAGGGGUGAUUAUGAAAGUGUAGAGGAAGCAUCUCUAGGGUGUAAUGUUUCUGGAGGACAUAACAGCAUUCCUCGAGAGGAAAGAAUGGACACGUUAUCAAAUCAUGGAACCAGUCCACUCAAUGAUACAGAUUCUUAUCAAAGUACAAUAGACGCUAUUACUGGUACUACUACUACCGAUAAUAAUGAAAAUUCUACAAGUGCCACAAGUUCGGAAACUGAAAAUUCGCCUCCUAAAGUACCACCUCGUCCUAAGGAUAAAAAGAAGACUACACCUCCAAAACCUGUAUCCAAUGGACUUCCUCCCACUCCAAAAGUUCAUAUGGGUGCUUGUUUUUCUAAAGUUUUCAAUGGUUGCCCAUUACAAAUACAUUGUACCGUCAGUUGGAUUCACCCAGAAACAAGAGAUCAGCAUAUCCUUUUUGGCUGUGAGGAAGGGAUUUACACUUUAAAUCUGAAUGAACUACAUGAUGCUACUGUUGAUCAACUAUAUCCAAGAAGAACAGUCUGGAUGUUUGUGAUACAGAAUGUGUUAAUGACCCUUUCAGGAAAAUCACCUCAGCUAUACCAACAUGAUCUCCUACAAAUUUAUGCAAAGCAGUCAAACAAGUUUUCUCUGCCUAUGAACCGAAUUCCUGAAAAGUUUGUUCCAAGGAAAUUUUCUGCUACUUCUAAAGUGCCUGAUACAAAAGGAUGUAAGCGUUGUUCUGUGGGAAGGAAUCCAUAUAAUGGCUACAAAUAUUUGUGUGGGGCCCUGCGAAAUGGCCUUUUUCUUAUGCAGUGGUAUAAUCCUCUGAAAAAAUUUAUGCUUUUAAAGCAAGUGGAAUGCUAUAUUCCUGCCAAUUUAGAAGUAUUUGAAAUGAUCAUCACUCCUGAUUUAGAGUAUCCAAUGAUAUGUACCGGUGUUAAAAAAGGAUAUGACAGGAAUCAUUUGGAACUUGAAAUGAUCAACUUGAAUUCAUCUGAAAAUUGGUUAAAUGAUGACUGGGAAGGUACAGAUACUAUUGUGCCACGACAUGAAACAAUGAAGAUAAUAAAUGUUACGCAAUUAGAAAAAGAUGCCAUUUUAGUCUGUUAUGAUAAUCUAGUCAGAGUCGUAAAUCUGCAAGGAAAGCUAAAAUCAAGCCGUCGGCAGCCUGCAGAACUUGUGUUUGAUUAUAAGAUUGAAUCAAUUGUUUGUUUGACCGACAGUGUUUUAGCAUUUCAUAAGCAUGGUAUGCAGGGAAGGAACUUUAAAAAUAAUGAAAUAGUUCAAGAAAUUACUGAUCACUCAAGAAUUUUUAAGAUGCUUGGAUCAGAUGGAAUUGUUGUUCUUGAAAGCAGACCUACAAAUGAACCAAAAAGUCCAUCAAAUCUAUAUAUUUUAGCUGGUCAUGAAAAUAGUUAUUGAAAGCAUGUGGCAAUCAUCCUAUUCACCAUUUUGUUUUGUGUGUCAAAUUGCAAUAUCUGUUGAUCGUUGAUGCUGUUUUAAGCAUUUAAAACUGGUUAUGUAAUUAAAUAUCACUUUGUUGCCAAUCAUCUCUUAAAGUCAUGUACACAGUGUAGAAACUUUGUAGAAAUGUACAGUAUUUUAUAUUGAUUCGUAGAAAGUAAAAUUGUAUUAUAAUGUGAA